AUGGAUCGACUACACCCACCCACCACACCCACACCCCAGCGUACGUCCCUAGCGUCUGCUACCGCCCAGCUCGAAUUACAUUCGUUUGCCAUCACCACCUCCCGUCCCGGUCCAUGGAAUACUCGACUGCACCCGAAUCCUCCGCGUCUUAUCUUACCACGUAUCCGCCGUGCUGGCUACGACUGCUCCUUGGAUCCCACAGCCGUCGUUUACCUGCACAUUCAAUUUUUCCAUACUUACGCGCUCGAUGUAUAUACUUGCGGUUCUAUAUAUUCCACGGCGUGCACCGCGGCACCUAUGCGCACGCAUGCCUAUUCUAUGGACAUAUAUGCCUCUCUCGAGCACCAUCCUCUCCUGGCCCCUCUCUUGAAUCGGUACAUCGCAUCGCGGAGUUUGCUUCUUUCAUCACAGCAGUCUGAUCCCAAGCGUCUUCUCAAGGGCGCGCACGCGGGCGGAGUAGUCAGCUGCGCGCGGUGGACAGUGUAA